AUGUCUGCACCGGCUUCUCCUAGACGCUCGUCUGAGUCUGCAGCCAGACCCGAAUUCAAAGAUCAUACGAUCCCACCUGUGGGGUCCGGCCACACCCGAAGCCUUUCCGGCGAGGUUAAGCCCAGAAGCCAUCGGAGAUCGAUUCAAUUUAGCGUCGACUCCGCAGAAGCUCAGUUGCCCACUCGUUCGUCGAGCUUCAAGGAAAAGCGCCUGUCAUAUGGAGACACCCCGACGAGGGAAUUGGAAGAAAGGGAACGGGAACGGGAAAAUAAAGCUGCCCAGUUAAACCGAGGACCGUCUCCGCCACCGCCGAAAACCUAUGAGCGAGGCGUCUCUUUCGACACUUUCGACAACUUCGAUGCUACUGAUUUCUCCCUCACAUUAAACUACAAACACAAAGGCUACCAGAGCACACGUCGCAGCAGGACCUUCUUGUGCGGAACCGAUCAGAACGACUACUCCGAAUUCGCCCUUGAAUGGCUCAUUGACGAGCUGGUGGACGACGGGGAUGAGAUCGUCUGUCUUCGAGCCGUAGAGAAAGAUUCGCGUAUUGCUAGCGAUGCCGCAAUCGAAGAGCGAAAGUACCGCGAGGAGGCCGAAAAGCUAUUUGAGCAGGUGAUCCAGAAGAACAGCCAAGAUGAGAAAGCUAUCAGCUUGGUCCUGGAACUUGCCGUGGGCAAGGUUGAGAGCAUCAUCCAACGCAUGAUCCGCAUAUACGAGCCUGCAAUGCUUGUAGUCGGUACACGAGGACGCAACCUGAAAGGAGUGCACAGUCUGCUCCCAGGCUCCGUCUCCAAAUACUGUCUUCAGCAAUCACCCAUCCCAGUUAUAGUCGUUCGACCGUCACCAAAGCGCGAGAAGAAAAAGAAAAAGCGCCGCGCAGACCCAACACGCCGUAGCUACAACCAUAUCCUGGAAAUGAGCGAGCGGCGCGGCAGUCAGAUAUUCGGCGCCAGCCCCAGCACCGAUAGCAGCACCUCGAAGCUGCCAGACGAGGAGGCUGCAGUGGCAGAGGCACUCGGACUGCCCGCAACAUACUCGAACGCAGCCUCGCGCAGUUCUUUGUCGGUCUCGGACCGCAGUAGCAUCAGCCACGAUGAUUCAGACACCACCUACCGCAACUCACUGGAUGCAAUGGUUAUGUCGAGUCCGGGGAUCGGAAGUCCGGCAGAUAGCUCCCAGGAGAGCGUCAUUAUUGGCGGUGGUGCUCAGCCGUCUCCUUUGGUGGGCAGGACUGCGCACUCGCCUGCUCCUUCUGAUCGGCUCGAUUCUCCUGUGUCGGACUCCUCUACUGCGGUUGAGAGGCCAUAUGAGUUGAAAGAGUCUUUUGAAUCAACCAGGAAUCCCGUGGCUAUUCCGAUGAUUGAAGUGUCGGAUAACAAUGAUAAAAACGACAACAUCAAGGAAUAUGCAUCUUGA